GUUCUGAAAGUCUCUAAAUUUGCAGCCAAUAAAAGCUUAUAUUUUACGAGAGUUUAGAUCAAGACUUGCCUAUAGUUCGACUCGUCUUGCAUGAAAUGGCAACUGAAGCUGAUAUUCCGGAGCCUGCAUCUUUAUUGGAAAGAGAAGUUCAUAGACACUUGAAUCCAGGAGAGUUUAACCACCCUCCUGAAACUGCUGAUUACCUCGUCAUGGAAGUGUCAACUAAUGCAGAUGUUAAGGCUAUAAGUAGUAGCUUUGAAGCCAAUGCUGGAGCGACAGUGGGUGCGAGUUUUUUAAAAUCACCCUCAGUCGCCGGGGCUCCUGAGGAAGAAACCAGAGAAACACAAGAAACUCAUCAGGCGGAUGAGAUACCUUUCCAAUCAGAAAAGGGAAUGCUGAAAGAUAAAAUUUUCACGGUUGCAGAAGAGACGGGAAGUAAAGAAAAUGAAGUUUCAUGUGAGACAGAAGAGGCUGCAGAAAAGGAAGAAAGAAGCCAUGAGAUUUCAGAUGCUACAAAACUCAAAACUAACAAAGAAGCUAGCAUCCUCGAGGCCAGCUCAGCUCUUCACACCUCUGAAGACUUGGACACCAUUGUUGAAACACAAAGAAAUCCUUGCCUAAACAAUGAGGAGAAGUGUCCCCGUUUGGCUCAACCAAUUGAAAAGAUAGAAAGUGAGAAUGAAGGCAUCAGGCAUUAUGAAAUUGAACAAACCUCCUCAAUAGUGGCAGCAAGUCCAGACAAUCAGAAUGAUAAAGAAGCAAGCUUGACAAUCAUAGAGAACGUGGAAGAGAAGCUUGACAUUCCAUCUGUUACGUUGACAAGAGACAAGUCAAGCACUCCAGAACCUGGGGUUGAAGCAGAAGACAAGCUAGAAGAGAACUUCAAUAUAGCAAGCAAAGUGGAAAGCCAGGACAUAAAGAUGUCAGAUGAGAAUGAUAUGACCUCACUCCUAGAAGAAACUGAAGAGAAAAGCCAUGUGGAAAUUCCUUCUGCCCCACAAUGUGAAGAAAUGUAUUUGCAGGAAUUGGGAAAAACUGAGAUAUCCAAAGCAGCCUCAGAAAUUUGUCCAGAAGAUGCAGUCAGGAGAAGUCAAGAAGAAGAAUGUGAUAUUCAAAUAAUUGAGAGAACACUUGAAGCUAAGAGCAGAGGAGCUGAAGAAGUCAAGGAUGAGAUGAGCCCUGAACAAAAGCUUGACAUUUUGUUGACGAAACAUGAGGAAGUUAAGCAAAACAUUGAUGAAGAGCAGACUGUCUCAAAGGCAUUAGCAGAGGAGAGCGGAGACGAGAGAGGGCAUACUUCCAUAGCUGGUGAAGACGUCAUUGAUGCUAUGACUGCUCCAGAUCAGAGCAAGAAUGAAACGGAAAAUGAAAAGAUACAAACAUCUUUGGAAAUGGUUACUGAGAAGAUAGAUAGAACUGCUUCAAAAGAAUGGUCUGAAACAAUAAUACGUGCCAAAGAGGACGCAUCAAUUGAAAAUCAGGAAGAAAGCUUUGACAGAAAGGAGAAAGAAGAUGAAUCAGUAGACAAUGAAGCUGUCAGAAUUGACGGAAUUCCAAAAGUAGAGGAUCUUCCACCAACAGAACUGCAUGCUAAGACUGAAAUUGCUGAAGUUGAGAACCCGAACAAGAAUGAGGAUGUCUUAAAUGCGAUUCAUUUAUUGGAAAAAGAAACAUUAUUGGUAGAAGGUGAAAGAUUGGACAAAGUCUCUGAUUUUGGGCCUCAAGACCAAAUUUAUGAAACAAAUGAAGCAGCUAAGGAUGAGGAAGAACAUGAUGACAAUGACUCCCAAGCAUGUGAAAGCACAAUGAAACCUAGUUUAGAGCUUCCAUCAGAAAAAGGGACAGUAAGUACAGAGCCAAGCUCAGAAACAAGUGAAACAGAGAUUGAAACAUUGAGCAAGGUUCACAAAUUAGACUCUGAAGAAAAUUUAGAGACUACAGAAGCUAAAAAGAGCAUGAAGGAAGAUAUAUGGGAGGAAGCCUGUGAAUCAGAGAUACAAAAAUUGUCAACAAGUGACAAUGCUGAAAAAUGUCAUGCUGAGGAAGCAAAUGAAAACAUUCAAGCAGCAACACCACUGAAAGAUGAAAUAGAAGAUGAUGGGAAGGCCAAAAGUAUCAUAGAUGAAGAGGUGACCGGUAUUGGCGAGGCCGAUGAUGAAUCAAACAUAAGUGACAAUGUUGCACACCUUUCAUCAGAAAUAAUUAUCCAAGAGAGAGAUGAGAGUCCUCAACAGACUGAAAAGCAGGUGGAUGCAUCCAAGGGUGAGGAUACUGAAGCUGUCUCAGAAGAAUCUGUUAAAGAAGGCACAGUUAAGAAUAUUCAAGAUGACAAAAACGAAAUAGACAAGUCCAGCAGCAGAGAGAUUUUUGAAGAGUCUGAGACAGCUGAAAAAGUUGAUAGCAUUUCAGAUGAAUCAAAACAGAGUGAUGAAAAUCCUGACUCGACUCCUGAAUGUUCAUUGGUUAAAGACCAGGAAAGUCUGCAAUGUAUAAACCCAAUUGUAGAGCAGGCUUCAUUGGCAGAAGAAAUUGACAAGGAUGAUGAAUGUUCAAUGGGAAAGGAUCAAAACACAGAGAAUUAUGAUAGGCUAGCCAAGGCCGAGGAGCACAAUGAGGUGAUGUUGAAGGGUGAAGGAGAUUCAGAACACAUAUUGCGGAGGAAUGUACCUGAAGAAAAUAUUGAACAACCACCAAUAUCUGUAACAACUGAGGCAGAUGCUUCAAGACAAUUGGAUGAUGACACUGUACAAGACAGAGCAGAAGAGAUAGAAAACGAAGAAAUCACAAAUGAGAGCAAUUUUAGAAGCCUCUCGCAGGUAACUGUCGCACAAGAUCCUGCUAUGGACUUCCAGAAUAAUAACAAAAGUGCUGAGAAGUCAGACAAAGAGAUUCCUGAGGAGUGUGAGGCAGAAGGAACAGGUGACAACAUUGCACAUGAAGAAAGCCCCAGUGAAAUUAUUCCAGCACCACUGGCAGAUAAAGUAGGUUCAAAUGUAUCGUCUGAAUCUUGCGAUAAAGAUGACACAGCGGUUGAAAAUCAGGAAGAAAGCUUCACAAAAAAGGAGAUAGAAGAGAAGUCAGUAGAUAUUGAUGCUGUCAGAGAGGAUACACUUCAAAAUUUAGAGAAUUUUCCACCAAGAGAACUGAAUGUGAAUAUUGAAAUAGCAGAAGUUGAGAUAUCAAAAAAGAAUGCUGAUGAAUUAAAUGAGACUCGUCCAUUGGAACAAGAACUGAAGGAAAUCUCAGAUUUUGAACCUCAAGACCAUGUUCACAAAGAAAAUGAAGCAGCUCCGUAUGAGGAAAAGCAUGAUGAAAGUGACUCUAAAGCAUGUGAAAGCAUAAAUAACACCAAUUUAGACCAGCCAUUUGCAGAAGGGGCAGUAACUAUAGAACCAAGCCCAGAAACAAGCGAAGCGUAUAUUGCAGAAUUGGAAAAGGUUCAAAAAACUAAUCCGGAAGAAAAAUUAAAGACUAUAGAAGCUGAGAUGAUUGUAAAGGAAGACGUACAGAAGAAGGAAGAAACCUGUGAGACGGAGAUACAUAAACUGAUAAAAAGUGAUAACUGUGGAAAUUGUCAUACUGAAGAAGUAACCUCAGAUAAAUUCUGCAGUACUGCCUUUUUUUCCGAGACAGUUGAACAAAACUUUCAAGUAGCAACUCUUGAUAAAGGACCAACAUCGAAAGAUGAAUUAGACUUCAAUGAGAAUGCCAAAAGUAUCAUAAGUGAAGAGGUCACUGAUGAACAGAACAAGAGAAACAAUGUUAUGCACCUUUCAUCAGAAGUAUUUAAUGAAGAGACAGUCAAGAGCCCUCAACAGUCUGACAUGGAGGCAGACAUAUACAAAGGAGAGGAUAUUGAAGGGCAAAUAAUUGGAGGCAACAAUGUUUCAGACAUCUCACAUGAAAAUAUAGAACACCCAAUGGAUGUGGUAUCAGCAGAAAUAGAGGCUGGUUCUUCAAGUCGAACAGAUGUAGAAGAGGUAGUAGAGAGCCCACAAUUGAAUGAAAGAGAGGCAGAAAUUGAAAAGGAUGAAGAAGUUGUAAAUGAGAACAAUGCUAAAAGCUGCUCACAGAAUCCUGCUAAGGAUUUCCAUGAUAAUGGCAUCAAUACUGAGCAGUCAAACAUUGAGAUUUUUGAGAAGUCUGAGGUGACUGAAACAGUUGAUGGCAUUGUAAUUGAAGCAAAAGAAAGUCAUGAAAGCCCCAACAUAGUUAGAGAACAAGGAAAUCAGCAAAAUCAAAAUCUAGCUAUAGUUGAACCUUCAUCCAUAGGGAAAACAGAUGAAGAUGCAUCUCCAAUCAAAAAGAAUGAAGACAUACAGGAUGAUUCUGAGCUAGUGAAGGUUGAUGAGCACAAAGUGAUAUCAGUAGAAACUGAGGUAGGUCUUUCAAGUCAAACAAAUGAUAACACUGUAGAUGAGGGAGUUGGGAGCCUUAAAUGCAACGAUAGGGGGGCAGAAAUUGCAAAAGAUGAAGUCGCGAAUGAGAGCAAUAGUAAAAGCCUCUCGAAAGAAGCAGUUGCACAAGAUCCUGUUAAGAAUUUCCUGAAUGAUGACAACAGCGCUGAGAAGCCAAAUGCAGAGGUCUGUGAAAAGUCUGAGACAGCUGAGAAAGUUGAUAGCAUUGUAACUAAAGCAGCGGAAACUGACGAAAGCCCUGACCUAGCCAAAGAACAAGAAAUUCUGCAAAUUCAAAACCUAUCCAUAAUCGAGGCUUCCUUGGAAGAGAAAUUUAAUGAGGACGGAAUUUCCAUGAUAAAGGAUGAAGACAGAGGGAAUGAAGCCCAGGUACCAGAGGUACAAAAGCAGAAUGAGGUGAUAUUGAUGGAUAAAGAAGGUAUUGAACAGAUAUUGCAGAAGAAUGAAUCCAAAGAAAAUAUUGGACUGCCAUUGAAUGUAGAAUCUGUAGAAACAAAAGCAAGUGCUUCGAGUCAAAUAGAUGAUACCACUGUAGAAGAUAGAGGUGAGCAACCUCAACGCAAGGUUGAAGACGUCAUAAAUGAAAUUAAUACUGAAAGCCUCUCACAUGAAUCUGCUGCAGAAGUCCCUGUUCAGAAUUUUCAGAAUGAUGACAUUAAUACUGAGAAGUCGAACACAAAGAUCUUUGAGAAGUCAGAAACAGCUGAAAUAGUUGCUAGCAUUGUAACUGAGGUAAUACAAAGUGAUGAAAGCAACAACUUAUUUGAAGAGCAUGAAAGUCUUCAAAGUCAAAGGGCGACAAUAGAUGAGGCUUCAUUGGCAGAAGAAAUUGAUGAGGAUGGAUCUUCCAUCAAAAAGGAUGAAGGCAGAGAGAAUAGCACUGAGCUAAAAGAGAUUGAGAUGACUGAGGUGGUAUUUGAGGGAGAAAAGGAUUUAGAAAAGACAUUGCAGAAGAACGAAUAUGAAUCCAAAGAAAAUAUUGAAUCAUUAGAGGUGAUAUCUGCAGAAACAGAGGCAGGUGCUACAAGUCAACCAGAUGAUACUGUAAAGGAAGAAGUUGAGAAACCUCAAUGCAAAGAAACAGAAGUAGAAAUGGAAAAAGAUGAAAACAUCAUAAACAAUAGCAAUGAUAAAAGCAUCUCACAGGUUUCUGUUGCAGCAGAUCCUGUCGACAAUUUUCAAAUUGAUGACAACUCUGCUGAGAACUCAAAGCCAGAGUUGCUCAUGCAGAGUUCAGAGAAGUGCGAGGCAGCAAGAACAAAUGAGAUCAUUUUGGAUGAAACAAAUCAGAAUGGUGAAAUCCCCUGCGACACUAUGUCAUCUUCCCUAGCAAAAGAAGUGGACAAUAAACAAGAUGAGGAAUCUUCAUCUGUAGGAGAACAAGAAAGUAUGCAAAGUGAUAAACUAACUUCACCAGAAGCUUCAAUUCUGGAUGAAAAAGAUGAAAGUGCCUCUUCUCCCAAACCAGAUGAAGAGGAUGAUAAUAAUGCUGAAUCAGAAGAACUUGAAGUGCAAGGUGAGAAUGAGACAUUGAAGGGCAAAGAAGAUAUACAAGUAGUAAGGCAGAAGUUUGAAAUGGAGCCGGAAGUAUAUAAAGGAGAAGAUACUGAUGGGCAGAUAAUUGAAGGCAACAAUACUUCAGGCAUCACACAAGAAUCUGUUGUAGAAGAACCAGUUAAGAUCUCCCAAAAUGAUGAAAAUAACACUAAGAAGUCCAGCAAUAGAAAGAUUUUUGAGAAGUCUGACACAGCUGAAACAGUAGACUGCACUACAACUGAGGAGAAACAGAGUGCUGAAAGCUUCAACUUAGUUAAACAUCAGGAAAGUCGGCAAAAUGAAAACCUAACUGUAGUUGAGACUUCAUCCACAGAGAAAAUUUAUGAGGAUGGAUCUUCCAUACAAAAAGAUAAAGAAUUAGCAAAUAUUGAGGAGCACAAUGAGGUGAUCUUGAAGGGCGAAGAAGAUUUAGAACAGACAGUGCAGAAGAAUAAUACCAAAGAAAAUAUUGAACUGCUAUUGAAUAUGGUAUCUGCAGAUACAGAGGCCGGUUCUUCAAGUCGAACAGAUGAUAACAUUGUAGAAGAGGUCAAUGGGAGCCCUCAAUGCAAUGUAAAAGAGGCAGAAAUUGAAAAAGAUGCAGUCGUAAAUGAGAGCAAUACUAAAAGCCGCUCACAGGAUCCCAUUAAGAAUUUCAAUAAUGAUGACACCGGUGCUGAGCAGUCAAACACAGAGAUUUCUGAGAAGUCUGAGAUAGCUGAAGCAGUCCAUGCCAUUGUAACUGAAGCAGAAGAGAGUCAUGAAAGCCCCAAUGUAGUUAAAGAACAAGGAAUUCAGCAACAUGAAAACCUAGCUAUACUAGAAGCUUCACCAGCAGAGAAAACUGAAGAAGUGAGAUCUUCAAUCAAAAUGGAUGACGACAGAGAGGAUGAUUCUGGACCAGCAAAGGUUGACGAGCACGAUGUGAUAUCUACAGAAAUAGAGGUAGGUGUUUUGAAUCAAACAGAUGAUAAUGCUGUAGAUGAGGGAGUUGAGAGCCCUCAAUGCAAUAAAAGGGAGGUUGAAAUAGCAAAAGAUGAAGAAGUCACAGAUGAGAGCCAUAUUAAAAGCCUCUCACAGAAAUCAGUUGCACAAGAUUGUAAUGAGAAUUUCUUGAAUGAUGACAACAAUGCUGAGAAGCAAAACACAGAGGUUUGUGAGAGGUCUGAGACAGUUGAUUGCAUUGUAACUGAGGCAAAACAGACUGUUGAAAGCCCCAACUUAGCCAAAGAACUAGAAGUUCUGCAAAUUCAAAACCUAUCAAUAACUGAGGCUUCCUCAGUAGAAAAAAUCGACGAGGAUAAAAAUUCCCUCAAAAAGGACGAAAACAAAGAGAAUGAAACUCAGGUGGCAGAGGUUGAGGAGAGCAGUGAAAUGAUAUUGGAGGGUAAAGAAGACGUCGAACAAAUAUUGCAGAAGAAUGAACCCAAAGUUGGACAGCCAUUGAAUGUCAUAUCUGCAGAAACAGAAGCAAGUGCUUCGAGUCAAACAGAUGAUAAUGCUGUAGAAGAUGGAGGUGAGAGACCUCUAUGCAAUGAAACUGAGAUACAAAUGGAAAAGGUUGAAGACCUCACAAAUGAGAUCAAUAUUAAAAGCCUCUCACAUGAAUUUGUUGCAGAAGAUCCUGUUCAGAAUUCUCAGAAUGAUGACAUAUAUGCUGAGAAGUCAAACACACAGACGUUUGAGAAGUCUGAAACAGCCGAACCAGAUAAUAGCAUUGUAACUGAGGUAAUACAGAGUGAAGAAACCAACGACUUAGUUAAAGAACAUGAAAGUCUGCAAAGUGAAAAGUUCACCAUACUAGAGGCUCCAUUGGAAGACGAAAUUUAUGAGGAUGGAUCAUCUAUCAAAAAGGAUGAAGAUGAAGAGAGUAACACCGAGCUAGCAGAGAUUGAGCACCAUGAGGUGGUAUUGAAGGGUGAAGAAGACUUAGAACACACAUUGCAGAAGAAUGAAUUUGGAUCCAACGAAAACAUUGAACUAUUGAAGGUGAUAUCUGCAGAAAAAAAGACAGGCGCUACAAGUCAACCAGAUGAUAACACUGUAGAAGAGGAAGUUGAGAAACAUCAAUACAAAGAAAUGGAGGAAGAAAUGGAAAAAGAUGAACAUAUCAUAGAUGAAAGCAAUGUUAAGAGCAUCUCACAGGUUCUUGUUGCAGAAGAUCCUAUCAGGAAUUUCCAAAAUGAUGACAACUCUGCUGAGGAGUCAAACACAGAGAGUUUGGAGGAGUCCGACGAAGCAAAAACAAAUGAGAAAAUUUCACAUGAAAUAAAUCAGAGUGAUAAAAUCCCCAGCGAAACCAUAUCAUCCUCACUAGCAAAAGAAGUGGAAAGUCCACAAGAUGAGUGUAAAAUUGUUCUAGAAGAUUCAGUAGAGGAAACAUCCAAAACAGUUGAUCACACAACCCAUGAAGUGACUGAGAAUAACAAAAGCCUUGAUUCACCUCUUCAAGCUUCAACCACAAGAGAAGAGGAAAGCAAGCAAAGUGAUGAACUAACUUCCCCAGAAGCUUCAACCGUGAAUGAAAAAGAUGAGAGUGGCUCUUCUCCCAAACCAGAUGAAGAGAAUGAGAAUAAUAUUGAGUCGGAAGAACUUAGAGUGCAAAGUGGGAAUGAGACAUUGAAGGCAAAAGAGGAUUUAGAAGAAAUAUUAGGGAAGGUUGAACUAGGAGAAAAUCUUGAACAGUCAAUAACUGUGCUAUCUGCAGAAAUUGAGGCAGGUACUUCGAGUGAAGUGGAUGGUAACCCUGCAGAAGAGAUAGAUGAGAGUCCUCAGUACAAUUCAAAGGAAGCAGGGAUGCUCAAAGAAAAAGACGAUGCCGAGGAACAAAUCACAGAUGAACAAAAUUUCAACAGCCUUUCUAAAGAAUCCGUUGAACAAGAAAUAGUGAAAAACUUCCAGAAUGAAGAAACUAAUGUUGAAGUUUCCAACAAAGAGAUUUUUGUGUCUAUGACGAGUAAAACAGGUGAAAGCAUUGCACUUGAGAUGAAUCAGAAUAAUGAAAGCCCCAAUGCAAGUUAUCCAGUUGUACUGAUUAAAGAAGAGGAAAUCUCACAGGAUAAGAAAAUAGAUCCAGCAGAUAUUUUUCCAGAUGAGAAAAAGGAAGAUGAUGAAUCUUUGUUCAAAUCCAGUGAAGACGAUGCCAGUGAAACUAAGUUAGCCGAGGCUAAUGAGAACAGUAAGAAGGAAAUAUCACAUGGCGAAGAUAAUUUUGCACUGGAAUUGAACAAGAAAGAAACAGGAGAACUUCUUAAAUCAUCACCAGACAUGAUUUCUGCAGAAACUCAGACAGGCAUAUUAAUCGAAAAUGUUGAUAAUAUUAUUAUCCCAAAAGAGGUUGCCACCGUCCAGAAUAUUGAAGAAGAUCUGGAAGCAGAAUCACAAAAGAAUGAACCAGGAGAACUUCUUAAAUCAUCAAUAGAUGUGAUUAAAACAGAAACUAAGAGAAGCAUGCUGAAUGACAAGGAUAAUGACGUUGCAAAUUCAGGUGACAUCAUAGGACUCAUAGCCAUCCAAAAUACUGAAGAAACAGUGGCCAUAGAAAAGAAAGAAGACAGGAAAGAAAAUAUUGAUGGUAGCAAAGUUGAAAAAAUCCCAAUUGAAAAGGAUCUCAAACCAGCUGCAGAAAUAUGUGAUCCAAGCAAAAUUGUGGAGAACGAAAGUAUGGAGGAAAGGUCGAUGACAAGUGAAAUGGAUGUAGAAAUAAUUGAUAAGACACAUGAAGUGGACUCUGAAGAGAAGUUAGAGGGUAUAGAAAUGAGCAAGAAUAAAGAAGAGGGAAUAAAGAAGGGUGAUAUUGAAAAGGUAGAAAGGGAUAAUAUGGCUGCUUCCCUGAGUGAAAAGACUGCAAAACACAUAAUAAUGGAAGAGGAAACAACUAUAGAAAUCUCACCACAAUCUGUUGGAGAAGAAACAACUCUAAUUUAUGGAGACCAAGUGAAAGAGAAACCUAAAAUGGAGAUGCAUGAAGAGCUUGAGCUAACUAGUAUAAAUAAAGACAGUGAAAGAUUAGUCCUACAAGAGGAAAAUAUUGAAAAGGAUCAGCCUACAGAACCUGCUAAUGAAACUGAAGAUGAUGCUGGAGAAGUGGUCAGAGAAAAAGAGAUGCAUGAGAUUAUUCAUGCUGCUGAGGAUGAAGAUAUUAGGAAACAAAUCACAGAGAAAAGCAGCAUAAUGGAGGAAACUCUUGUAUUUUCUGUAACCGCAAUAGAUGCAGAAGGUCCUCUAGAGAAGGAAAAGGAAGAUGAAAAUGAUACAGUAAAAUUAAAAGAAGAGAUAAAAGGCUUCAAUUCAGAAGUCGCAGAAGAAAUUGCAGCAAGAGGUAAUGAGGUACCAAAAGACACCUUGAAGGCCAAACAACAACCAGAAUCUGUCCUCUAUCCUUCAAAAGCAUCUGAAGGAGGAAUCCUGCCGCUAGAAAGCAGUGAAGAAACAAAGGGGUUUGAACAAGAAGAUAAAAGGCAGUUGGAAAGUUCUGAUCCUGACACUCAAGAGAAGGAAGCAAUAACAGUGAAUACAAAAGAAAUGACACUAAGCAGUGUGGAUACUAAUGCCACACAAGAUAAUGACUUGAACUUGGUUGAGAAAAGGGACCAUGAGACUCCAGCAGAGGCAGAUCAAAAUGAAGAAGAUAUAGAGCAUCAAAUCCAAAACAAAACAUUUAUUGCAGGAAAUGAUAAACAAAUUGAAAUAAUUACAGGGGAGAUGCCUCUAGAAAAAAUAUCAGAUGAUAACCUGAUAGAACACUCUGUAAUGUCACCAACAGUUUCUGAGGUUCUGACAAGUGGAGAAAGUAAGCCGAUAGAUGAGAAUUCAGCAAACAAUACAACUGCCAAUGAAAACACAGAAGUUACCUUGAUUUCUUCACAAGCAACGGAACCUGUCUACAAUGAGUAUGAAAUCACAACUGCAGAAGCAGUCUCUAAAUCGCAGUUUAUAGACACUGUAAUAGAGAAUACAAAUGAACAAGCAGGGUCUUACCAGAGUGAAGAUCUGGAUCGAGAUCUUGACAAUGAACAAAAUAUCUCCAAACAAGAAUAUGCUGAAGUGUCAAGGACAGAAGACACAGGAGACCUAGUUGGACAGCAAGAGUUUUGCAGAUCAAAAACUUCGGAGGAUAAUGAAGCAUCAAACGUAGCAAAUGAGGUCUUCAAAAGUAUGGAUUCAAUUAAUGCGGACAGGAAAGAAGCUGUCCUUGAAGAAGAGGACUUUGCUAAGAAAUCUGAAGGUAGCUUAAAGGAAGAUGACGCAGUAGAAAAAGCAGCUAUUGAACUUGAAGCACUAGCUCAAAACCAAGAGGUCGAGACAACUGAGAUCAAAAGCUAUGGAUAUCCAACAGAUGAGAAUUUUGAAUCUUCUGAGCCUGCAAAGAAGCUUGAUUGUACUUCUGAAAUCAUGACAAGAGAUCUAGGCAACGAAAUAAUCCAAGAAAUGGACCAAAAUAAAGUUGCAGAAAACAGUAAUUCUGAAUAUCUUGAACAAAACCCCCAAGAACCUCAAGAAAGUCAGCAGGAGACAGAAGAGAAAACAGAGCCAAAGUUCGAGCCUGAAGAUCACAUUGAAGAAACACAACAUGGGGAGGAGACUAUCAAGGCUGCCAUCUUAACUGAGGAGGUGCACAAAGAAAUUGAGAAAGCUGAUGGUGGUGAACUGGUUAACCAAUCUAACAAGGAAGAAAAUAACUUGAAGGAACUCGAACCUGUGUCCAUUGAAGAUCAAAGAGUUGAUGAGGUUACAGAAUCCAGCUGUACAUCUGACGAAUAUCUCAAAGCAACAGAUUCCACUGAAAAAACAGAAUCAGCAUAUUCGGAGGUUCAGGAGACAAAAACCAUUGGAAAAGAGAACUUAAAUACAAAAGAAGAGGAAGAAAAAGAAGUAGAAGAUGCAGGUGCUGCAACGGCUUUGGGUUUCUCCAACAUUGCACCAAAGAGAAACUCAGAAGAAGUGAUUAAGGAGCAGAUCGUAGAGGAAACAGAUGGUUGUUACAACAAGGAAAAGGCAACAAUUGUUAUGGAGGCAACAACAGACUCUAACUUGGAAGUUCAAAUAGAUGACAAGCCAGUGGAGAAGUCUAACUUCCCCUUGGACGAUAGCAAUUCACAUGCAGUUGAAGCUGAGGCAAAUCAACAAGACAACAUGGCACUUGGAGAAAACUCAUCAAACUUGGCAUCUCAACUUCCAACCGAUGAUCAUGAGAAUGUACAACAGGAGAAUGUGGCCAUGAAUAGUGCAGACGUAGAUAACAUGGUGGAAAGCAAAAGGACUUCUGAUGUAGAACAUGAAUCCAAAUUUCAUGACAUGGAAGAGUUAAGUACAGGUGAGAUUAGAGAUGAAUAUGAAGAAGCUAUGAAAAUGGUAGAUAAGUCUCAGGGUGAUGACACAGUUGCAAGCAGUGAAGUUGGUAAUAAUCAGACUCUCCCAGAAGAGAUAAGAAAAGAAGAUGAGACAGCAUCUCUAGCAAUGACUUGCAAAGAAGAGGAGUAUGAAACUAAAGUCACAACUGAGAAUUCAGAAGAGAACAUAGUGAAGGUGAUAACAACAAAGGAUGACUCUCCCACAAACUCUUCUGCAUUGGAGAUAACGGAAGAAAGAUUCUUGCAAAAUGAAAAACCCAGGGAGCUUGAAGUUUGCCAACUGGAGCUUGAAGGAAAGGAAGGCAUACCAGAUAGUCCAAAUGAAGAGUAUGAGGAGAAAGGGGGAAAUCUAAAUGAAUUUAAAGAAGAAAGCAGAGGAGCUUCUGAAACAGUAUCAAAGUUCAAAUGUCAUGACCUUGAAGCAGCUACAGGAACUGAAGUUACUAACGGUCAAACACCCACAGAGGAGCAAUAUCAAAAAGAAUCUUGUGCAUCACCUUCCAAGGAACAGGAGCUUGGAAGUGCAACUACAGUUGAGAAAACAGAAGAGAGCAUAAAGGGAGAAGAAUUUCUAGAAGAUGAAACAAAAAAAGAAGAGGUUUGCUUGCAAAAGGAAGAAUCCAGGGAGCACCAGGCCUCUGAGUUAGAGCUUAACAGUCCAAAUGAAGAACAAAAGGAAGCAAGAGCGACUUCAGUUGAAAUUGAAGACAAGAAAGAUGAUUCUGAAUCCAUAUCAGAAUCUAACUCAGAAGGAAGAAAAGAGCCUAAGGAAGGUGAAACUUGUUCUGUGCAGACCAAUCCUGUGGAGAAACCACAAGAGCAGAACCAGACACCAUUCUCUGGAACAGUCUCAAAGGAACAGGAGGAUGAAACUUUAGUUAUAACUGAGAGCAUAGAAGAGAAAAGGCAAGAAAUGGAAUCAAUGGAAGAGACAUGCCUUCAAAAGGAAGAGCCCAGAGAGCUUGAAAUCUCUCUGUUACAGCUUCAACGUGAUAAAACUGUACAGCAGGAGAGACAGACUGAAUUAUAUGAGAGAGAAGAUGAGGGUAUAGAUGGUACACAAGAAGAAAUUAAAGAAGUUUCUGAAUUGCUGCCCGAGCCCAGUUCUGAAGAGAUUACUGCGGUAGCAAAAUAUGACUUUACUUCUUAUCAUCCUCUACCAACAAAGAUAUCCGAAGAGCGAAGUCAGACAUCAUCAGCUGGAUUGCUUUCCGAAGUGCAGGAACAUGGCAUCUCAACUACAGCUGCAAGCAUAGAAGAAAAGAAAAUAGGAGAACCUAGAGAGCUCAAAUCCUCCCAAGUAGAGUCAAUUGACAAUGAUGCACAAGAAAAGAGUUUGGAGGAAGUACAUAAGGCAGAAGAUGGGAUUCCAAAUGAACCAUUAAAAUUACAGCCUGAACAUGAAAAUAAGGAAAGAGAUGCAGCAACCACAGAUCUGAUGGCUGAAGAAAAUCAGAGCAAAAGAACAACUGCUGCAACUGAAUUCAUGCAUACUGAAGUCACAGAAGAACAGAUCAAGGAGGAAAAGGCUGACACAAAGAAUUGUCAUGCAAUAACCGUUGAUGAAGCAGCAACUAAGGAAAGUUGCCAAGAAAAGAAGCUAAAGGAUGAAGAAAGUCUAGGAGAUCAAGAGUUAGCAAAGGAUGUUGCAAAUGAAGUGUUAAGCAAGAAAAUGGAAAAGACCAAUGCAAGUGGGACAACUGAAGAACAGAUAAGCACAGAAAAAGGAACAGUUGAGAACCUUCACCAGACUUUUAUUGAGAAUGACACUAUCAAAGAGCAUUUUCCAGAAGAAAUAGGAGAACAUGCUGAGGAGGCAGGAAGAAAACUGAACAAUGAAAAUUGGGUUAAUGAGACAAUAACUGGAGAUGGCAAAAAAGAAUCCGUAACUGCAACAGAAAAGGAAUUGGGUGUAGAGACAUCUCAAAAAGAAAUCACUGCCAUCCUUGUGGAAGCCGCCGUCUCUAAUCCAGGCAUUCAUCAGGAAAAGAAAACUUGCGAUGAAAUUUCGGAAUACCAGAAAUCCAGAGAAGCAGAACCAGAGAGAAUGAUUUCAACCUUCAAGAAAGAUGUUCCGCAGAUGCUGCAAGAAACCAUGGAAGUUACUGAAGUAAGUGCAUAUGCUAAAAGUGCGGAUUCAGAAGCAAAAAGACAUGAAGAAGAACAUGGAGCAGAGUGCAUAGUGGACGAAAAAGCAAUUGAGGAGACCAUGUCAAAAGAUUCAGCCAAGAUUUCACUAUUUGACAUGAUGCAGAGAUCGACAAGAGAAAGACAAGCAUCUGCAGAACUGCAUGGAGAGAAGAGCAAAGAAGAAAGACAAACUGAGGAGACAGAAAAGGCAAAAUCAGAUGAAGAAGUAGAAGUAGAAACAGAAGAACAUGAAGAAGAAGAUGAACACAAAAAGAAUGACUCAGGUUCCGAUGCUCCAGUAAUGGUGGAAGCUUCAAGAGACAUCGACAUUAAGGUUGGACACAAGAAAUCACAUAACAUAUUAUCAGGUGUCGGAUCAAAGGUGAAGCAUUCGAUUAUCAAGGUCAAGAAAGCCAUUACCGGCAAGUCCUCUCAUCCAAAGCAACAAUCACCAAAAUGAUAUACAAGACCAACAGCAGGUUACAUCCACCUGCUAAUUCAUGCUCAGAGACAAAACCACAGUUGCUUUUUUCCAUUUUCUAUUUUCUUUUCUUUUAGAUUUUCAUUACAGUGUUGAGAUUUGAGGUUUGUGGUGUGUGUAUAUAUAGGAAAUUUUAGAUUCUGUAUUAUUUUUUAUAGUGAGUUAAACAUACCAUGAUUUCUACUGUAUUACGACUCUCUUGUUUGCAAGAAAAAAAGCAAUUUUAUCA